GGCUCAGGCUGCGGUGGCCAGCCAUUUUUGGCGGGCGGGUGCCGUGUCUGGCCAGGGAUGGGCCGCACUCUGCGAUGGGCGCGCGGUGUGCUCAACUCGUCCUACCUGGGCCAGCUCAGGGCGAAGUCCAGGUCGGAGGUCCGCGCGACGAGGGGCACGAAGUGCAAGUACGAUCACAAUGACGAGGCUUCCGCCUCAACCGUGUUCAGCGACUCGAGCGGCCGGACGCUCAGCGAGUUCGACGACGUUGUCUUCCGGGCGAGCAGCAGCUUUUCGAUCGACGAUGACAUGCCCGGCGUGCCAGAGCUGCCAGACAGCCCGCUCGCCUCGGCGAGGUCCGACAAGUUCACGCGCCAGUCUGCGCUUCCCGGGAGCGACGGUUGGACGAUGAGCGAUUUCGAGGUGGUGAGGGCUCUCGGCGAGGGCUCCAUGGGCUCCGUUCGCCUGGUCAAGCUUGCUAAUGCAAGGGAUGGCGCCAUGCUUGCGCUGAAGAUGAUCGACAAGUGUCGAGUCGUCAGGGAGAACCAGGUGGAACGCGUGAUGCAGGAGAAGCGUCUCCUCGGGCGUGUCAAUCAUCCGUUCGUCGUCAAAAUGAUGGGCGCAUUCCAGGACGACGCGCACCUCUUCAUGGUUAUGGAGUUUGUUGGCGGCGGAGAGCUGUUCUCGGCCAUCGGAAGCUCAGAAUUUGACGAUUCGUGUGCGAACUUCUUCGCUGCAGAGAUCACGCUCGCGUUGAGCCAUAUUCACUUGGACAUCGCCUAUCGUGACCUUAAGCCAGAGAACGUGGUUAUCGACCAACUUGGCCACGCGAAGAUCAUCGACUUCGGCUUAGCUAAAGUGGUCAAGACAUCAACGUAUACACUUUGCGGGACCGUAGAGUAUAUGGCGCCAGAAGUAUUGUCCCAGAUCGGCCACGGCAAGUGUGUGGACUGGUGGGCGCUUGGUAUCCUCAUCUUCGAAAUGCUCUCGUUCAGGACUCCCUUCAUGGGGCGCUCCGCUAGGGAGACUCGCAAGAAGGUGCUCGAGCGCGAUCCGCAGUGCCCCCCGUUCUUCGGGAGCGUGACCAAGAGCUUCGUUUACCUGCUCCUGAUCAAGGACCCGACGCUGCGCCUGGGCAGCGGCGCGGACGGGAGCCAGCGCGUCCGGAGCCACCCGUGGUUCUCCUCCGUGGACUGGGGCGACCUUCUCCAGCGGAGGUGCCCCUCGCCCUUCCUGCCAAGCGCUUGCGGCGGCGCCGCGCCAGCGCCCGGCGGCGCCCCCGAGCGGGAGGCCGACGAGGCGGCCAAGGCCCGCGCCGCGGGCGGCCUCACGGAGGAGCAGCAGCAGCUGUUCCGGGACUUCUGACGGGCGCGCGCGCCCGGCUCCCGUCCCUGGCGUCCCCGGGGGAUCGGGAGGGUCGCAGUUCGGAGGGCACCAACUAUACACCAACACCGAGGGCGCCCAAAGACAGUGCUCGUCUCGCUCCCGUGCCCGUCUCGCCGUUGUGCGCCUCUCGCCCGCCCGCGGCAAGCUCGCGCCGGCCGCCGCGAGAUCUGCUGCGCGGCGGCCGCCACCUGCCCGGGUGGGCCGCCCUUAGUGGGAGGCUCCAA